AUGGGUGCUGAUUUCGGCGUACCUGAACCAGAACCUGUAGAGACAGAAGAAGAACGAAUCGAUCGCGAACUAGCGGAAAACGAAGCAUCGAUAGCCGAAUUACAGGCCCAAAUACGGGGUGCGUUGCUGCGAUUGCGCCUUGGGGAAAAGAUGCAGCAAUUUUGGGAUGAGGAGGAUUGGUUGAUUGAUUUGCAAUCUCGCAUACGUGGCGACUUUACCCGGCAGAUUAUGAGUUAUCGGCUCCAGAUGCGACGUUCGGCAGUCAUGGUUCAAAGCGCUGUACGAGGAUUCCUGGUUCGAGAGAGAUUGAGAAGCAGCGAUGAUUUUUGGAGAACUCAUGAACCAGAAGUUCUGGAUCUUCAGAGCAUGAUACGGGCCAAGAAGGUCCGUGAUGAGGUACGAGACUUGCUGUACAUGUUGGACAAUUGUAAAGGGCCUGUCCGGGAGAUUCAGGCGGUUUCCAGGGGCUUCUUAGUCCGUAAGAACAUGGUAGCUCAGCGACAAGAGACGGAAAAGUCUUCGCGAGAUGUUGAGAAACUCCAGGCUCUUGCCCGUGGAAUGGCGUUGAGAGCGAGGAAUAGGAAGGACCUCCGUGCGUUAGACGGACAGGCUGGCACGGUUGUCAGGUUACAAGCUGCCGCGAGGGCUUUGCUGACCAGGACUCAGAUCGACCACGAACAGCAACAGCUGCGUGCCCUCGCACCGAAAUGGGAAGCGCUUCAAGGUGUAAUUCGAGGAAAACUUGUGCGACAGAAGCAGGAAUCUUACAAGGUGGAAGCUAAGAAACACGAGUUCAAUGUUGGCCUUCUACAAGCGGUGAUAAGAGCAGGCGCCGUGAGGCGCGAAGUCACACGAACAUUGGACGCUCUAGAGGAAAGUAGAGAGGAAAUUCUUCUUCUUCAAUCAAGUGCAAGGGGCAUGAUUGAAAGACUCAAGAUUUCUGCCCUCCAACAACAGCUCAACAGACACACGCCCCAGAUCAGCAAACUGCAAUCCCGCCUACGAGGCUACCUCUACCGAAAGCAACACCAUGCACUCCUGGACGAGCUCAAUUCGCACAACGAGGCCACAGCCGCUUUCCAAGCAAUCCUCAAGGCAAUGAUGGCUCGUUCAAGAGUCGAUGACAUUCUCACCGAGCUUGAAGAAGAGGAGGCGGCAAUCAUUGCCUUCCAGGCUGCGGCAAAGGGAUUUGUAGUUCGCGGCAAGUUCGAGGAAAAGAAGCGAUACUUCAACGAAAACAUGAAGAAGGUCAUUAAAAUACAGAGUUUCGUCCGUGCCAAGGUACAGGGCGAGGCGUACAAGAGCUUGACUACCGGCAAGAAUCCCCCGGUUAAUGCGGUCAAGAACUUCGUCCACCUUCUCAACGACAGUGACUUUGACUUCAAUGAAGAAGUAGAGUUUGAGCGGAUGCGCAAAACAGUCGUCCAGCAAGUGCGCCAAAAUGAAAUGUUGGAGCAAUAUAUUGACCAACUGGACAUCAAAAUCGCUCUCUUGGUGAAGAACAAGAUCACACUGGAUGAAGUUGUUCGACACCAGCACAACUAUGGUGGCAACUCAAUGGGACUGUUGGCAAACAGCACAAUUACUUCUGCCAAUCAAUUUGACCUAAAAGCACUCAACAAGAGCUCACGGAAGAAACUAGAGUCAUAUCAACAGCUCUUUUUUAGCUUACAAACGCAACCCCAGUAUCUUGCCAGGCUUUUCAAGCACAUUCGAGAGCAGGGCACAUCUGAAAAGGAGUGUAAGAGAAUCGAACUUCUCAUAAUGAGUCUGUUCGGUUAUGCGCAGAAGCGACGCGAGGAGUACUAUCUUUUGAAAUUGGUUGCCAGGUCUAUCCGAGAGGAGGUGGAAGGGUGCCGAGCUAUACAAGAGUAUGCCCGCGGCAACUAUUUCUGGCCGAAGCUCUUGGGUAACCACACUCGAUCGCCUAGGGACCGCAAAUACCUGCGUAGCCUCCUGGGCCCGUUGAUCCGCGACAAUAUCGUUGAAGACCCUGCCUUGGACUUAGAGAGCGAUCCCAUGCAAAUCUACCGCUCUGCCAUCAACAACGAGGAGCUUCGAACUGGCCGCCCCGACCACCGGCCACUCGAUGUACCCCGAGAGGUGGCUAUCAGGGACCCCGAGACUCGGCGCCUGUUCAUUGAUCAUCUUCGGGAUUUGCGAGAGAUUUGCGACCAGUUCUUCUUGGCACUGGAGGAUGCGGCCCAUAAGAUGCCGUAUGGUUUGCGAUUUUUGAGUAGCCAAAUGUUCCAAGCCCUGUGCCAACACUUUAACCGCGAGCCGCAAGAAAACCUCCUCCAGCUUGUGGCUAACUGGCUCUGGAGAUUCUACUUGCAACCCGCAUUGACCCAGCCAGAGCAGUUGGGAGUGAUUGAAAAGUCAUUGAGUCCACUUCAGAGGAGGAACUUGAGCGAGGUUGCAAAAGUUGUCGGGCAAAUCGCUUCUGGACGGCCUUUUGGUGGAGAGAAUAUUUACCUGCAGCCACUCAACAACUUCGUCACGGAUUCUAUUCAACGCAUGCGGCAAAUCAUGCAGAACUUGAUUUCUGUGGCGGACGCUGAAAGCACUUUUGGUGUCGACGAAUUCAAUGACCUCUACGCCAAGAAUAAGCCAACUCUGUAUAUCAAGAUGACUGACGUCUUUGCAAUUCACAACCUGGUGGUUUCGGAGCUUCCCUUCAUGUGCCCAUCACGAGAUGAUGUCCUCCGGGAGAUUAUCCAGGACUUGGGCAAUGCUAAGAGCAAUGAAAACGAGAUGAAUGCUGCAGGAACUUCGGACAUUCAGAUGUUUCUUACCCCCAAGUUACACGACGUUCAGGACCCAGAGGAGGAUGUCAAGACACUCUUUAUGGAGACAAAGCGCUGCGUCCUGUAUAUCAUCCGGGUUCAGACUGGCGCAAACCUCCUGGAGAUUUUGGUCAAGCCCAUCUAUGAAGAGGAUGAGGAAAAGUGGCGAACAGUAUUGCGCGAUGACUUUUCUAACGACGGCAACACUCGCGGAGCAUACUCAGACACCAACAUGGUGGAUGUUACAAGAAUGACGUACUAUGAACUCAAGCGUACGGCGCUCGAAAACGUUAUGCGAUUAGAACAGAUGGGACGUAUUUCGAAGCAAAACUACUACCAGGACGUUCUUAACGCCAUCGCGAGCGACAUUCGAACCAAGAGCCGCAGAAGAGUCCAAAGGCAACGGGAGCUGGAAGGUGUACGACUCACUCUGGGUAACCUGCACGAAAAGGCCAAAUACCUCGAACAACAAAGGAAGAGCUAUGACGAUUAUAUUGAGCAGGCAAUGGUGACACUGCAGACCAAGAAGGGCAAGAAGAAGUUUAUUCUUCCCUUCACAAAGCAAUACAACCAUCAGCGUGAACUUGAGCGAAGUGGCCGUGUACCCAAGUUCGGAAGCUACAAAUAUAGUGCCAGAACGUUGGCAGAGAAGGGGGUACUGGUGUCCUGGGCUGGCCUCAAUGACCGUGAAUGGGACAAGAUCAACAUUACCAUUUCAUGUGACGAGGUCGGCGUGUUUGCCCUCGAAGGAUCACGAGGGCACAUCCAAAUGCCGGGUGCCAGCGCCUUGGUACCCAUUGAAGAUAUGCUACAAGCGCAAUUCGAAGCCCACCAGUUCAUGAACUUGUUCGAGGGCAGCUUGAAGUUGAACGUCAACUUGCUGUUGCAUCUCGUAUACAAGAAGUUCUACGGAACAUAA